AUGGCACAACAUAAAACGAAAAAAGGCUCUGCCAUAAAUGAAAAACUAAACUUCUUUGGCAACAAACAACAAAUAGAAGCUGCGGACCUCCAACGGCCCUCACAAGAUGGCGAUGCCAGCCUGAACAUCAAAACUCCCAGCGCGAUAUGGAUCAAUCCAUGGCGACAGAUCAACUUACCAAAAGCCACUUACAAAUGGCGCUCGACAAUCUCUCACAGAAGCUCAUUAUGUCCUGGAAACACACAAGAGAUGUACAAAAGAUCAGCAAAAGAACAUUACAAACAGAAGCCAAAAUGGAUCACUUCGCCACGGCGCAUUAUGAUUUGGCAUUCCACGUAG